AAUACGUAUUACUGUGAUCCUCAAGGCGAUUUGGUGGACGAGGUUAUUAAGCAAGUUUUCCUUGCUGAAUCGAGGGUUUUCCCGGGUCAGAUGAUGAGUUCGCCGCGCCAUAUGCAUGUCGUGGAUCUCGAAGCAUACUUUGGAACUGAAGAUGUUCUCCUACAAGAAGCGAAGCCUCGGCUGUGUGAUGCUGUUGCUACGAUACUGUCGCACACGAGUCAUCAGUGUCUAGAAGCAUUCUUAGACCCGACUAUCAAAGAGUUUGCGUACCGACGCGAACUAGAUCGCAACAAGGCUGGUCUUAUCCUCAUUAUCCGCCGAAAAGGUAAUGAGGUGUUCGCUGGUGCAUAUCGCAACUUUGGGUUCACCCUACAAUGGUCACUCUACGUCAAGUCGCUCAUCAACGCCAUCGGCCAAUGGCACGAAGUGUACGCCGCUCUGAAGCCCGGCAUGACUCCUAUUGUGAACGGUGUGCCACAGUGGGAUGCAUUCGAACUAGAUGAUGUCCAUUCUGAGACGGAGAGGCUAAACGACGGAUCGCCGAGGAAGAUCGAGCUGUCGAGUCCGAAGAAGAAAUCUGCGCAUGACAACCUCAGCCCCACAGAUCCAAAGUUCAUGCUCUAUCAAAGCCGACUUCUGGCAAAGUAUCUGCUCUGGGAUAUUUGGGUCAGAUUUGAUGGCUUAUGUGAGUGCAGGGCGACCUGGGAGGCGGAUGGAGAGGUAAGGGAUGUCAGGGUGAAGAGAGCGCUUGUAGGUUUUGGGGAUAUAGAGCUAGAGGAGUCCACGGCGGAUAUGAUCUGA